AUGGGAUAUAUCCAACAUACCCUUUGUCAUGCCGAGAUCUGUUCGCACGACAAGAACAAGCUUGCACUCCUCGCCGUUAUCCUUAACAACAGGCUCCUUCUUCUCCUCAUCGGCAGCCUUCAAGCCCUGCUUGCGAUCGGCGUCGGGGCCGUUGGCCCAGUUGGGUGCAUGGUCGAGCACAGUAUCGUCUUCGUCAACAUCGCUUUCGUCGCUCUCGACAGGAUCGUGCAGGGCGCGCCGACGCUCUUCGACUAG